UGUACCUAGGAGCAUCCGUGUGUCCAGGGAACAGCGGGCUCCCCUCGCCAGCACGGCCGCCCGUGCUCACCGGGCUGCGUAAACCUUCAGAAAGUGAUGCCGGACGCCUGCCCCCGCACUUCUUUUCCCUACACCACUUAGGAACCAGGAGGGGAUGAUGAUGAUGAUUUUGCACCCAGAUAAUUUUUACCGUGAUCCUUCGUGAUCGACAGGUUUUUUUGUUGUUGUUGUUGUUGUUGUUUUUAAAGGCACUUACUUGGUUGUAUAUUUCAAAACUGCUUUUUUUUUUUAGUGUCUCUCGCUGAUUUCUUCAAUUUUUUUAUGACCUCUGGCGUGCCACAGAUUUGCACACGGGUCUCUAUGCCUAGGGCCCCCCACUGCUGAAGGGCCAAGAUUCUUUAAACAAAACUUCGAAGGAAGAUUUGGACGCUCAGGAUCUGCUUUCUCCUGAGGUCAAGUUCCAGAUCAGCAAAGGAGAGCCAUAAAGCUAAGCACAUGCUGAACCCCGUUCUUGGUCAGCAAAGCAUUGAAGUGUGUUUAAGUCUCACUGAGGUCAGUGGGACAUCAGCACAGGUUUAAAUGCUGAAUGGAUGGGAACACAUCAUCCAAUGCUUUGUUGAAUCAGGGUGCUGAGGUCCACUUUGGAGAGGGUCCUCCAUACCUUUGGAGAACAGAUGAAGCAGCAUUGAGAUCUGGAGCAGGGAGGGUUCUGCAUGCUUUGGGAGGACACAAUGUUGGUAAAAUCUGCCAGGUGGAUCUGAGAUUCUGUUGAAGGGGGAAGACCGGCCCGCAUUCUGUCCACCGGCAUGCCCGCAUUCUGUCCACUGUGUGGCUAGACAGCAAAAGUUUGCCCUAAAUUAUGAAGAUUAAGAAUGACAGUCAAUACUAUAAAAAUGUCAUGCACCACCCCAAAUGUUUAUACUAAAGUGCCUGAUGGAGGAUGGGGAUGGACUAUUGCUUUUGCUUUCUUUGUUGUGGAAGCACUUACAUAUGGUAUUAUAAAAUCAUUUGGAGUCUUCUUUAAUGAUUUGAUUGAAAGCUUUGAUGAAACCAACAGCAGGAUAUCGUGGAUCAUUUCAAUAUGUGUGUUUGUACUAACUUUCACAGCUCCCUUGUCUACAGUCCUGAGUAAUCGUUUUGGUCAUGGUCUUGUGGUGAUGGUCGGAGGUAUACUGAUCAGUAUUGGAAUGGUCACAGCCGCCUUUGCACGCACAGUUGUCGAGAUGUAUAUAACAAUUGGCCUAAUUUCUGGCUUGGGAUACUGUCUGUCUUUCCUCCCAACUGUCACCAUUUUGUCACAGUAUUUUGACAAACGGCGUUCACUGGUCACUGCAGUUGCAUCCACAGGAGAAUGUUUUGCUGUCUUCUCUUUUGCGCCAGCUAUCACCUCUUUGAAAGAGCAGAUUGGUUGGAGAUACAGUCUCCUGAUAGUUGGGGUGCUACAGUUAGGCAUUGUCAUCUGUGGAUCACUGCUGCGACCUAUUAUUAUCCAAGCACAGGAAGAAGUGAAAGUAUUGCCAACAGAAGAGCAUACAGAGACUAAGUACAUGCUUGAAAAUGAGCAAACACGCACCUCAAUAGAUUCAAUUGACUCAGGAGUAGAAGUAUCUACCUCACCCAGCAGUGUGCCUGGAAACACCAAAGCAGAGCUGAAAAGUGAAGAACCAAAGGAAACCGUAAAGAUGCUUGUUGAAGCUAGCAGCUCCCCUAAAGAACCAAAAAUCCAACUACUAGACUUCUCUGUGAUGAAAGACCACGGCUUUAUUUGUUAUGCACUUUUUGGUCUAUUUGCUACUCUGGGAUUCUUUGCUCCGUCACUCUACAUCAUUCCUCUCAGCAUCAGUCUCGGUAUCGACAAGGAUCGUUCUGCAUACAUACUGUCUGCAAUGGCCAUUGCUGAAGUCUUUGGAAGAAUUAGCGCCGGUUGGCUCCUCAACAAGAAGCCUAUCCGCAAGAUUUACAUUGAACUCAUAUGUGUCAUUCUGCUCUCCAUAGCUCUCUUUGCCUUCCCUCUUGCCUAUGAAUUUUGGGGAUUGAUGAUAUGUAGCAUAUUUUUUGGGUUCAUGCUUGGAACUGUAGCAGGCACACACAUUCCAAUGUUAGCCGAAGAUGAUGUGGCUGGUAUUGACAGGAUGUCUUCUGCAGCUGGAGUGUAUGUGUUCAUUCAGAGUUUAGCUGGGUUGGCUGGACCACCCCUUGCAGGUGUGCUAGUGGAUGUGACGCAGAACUACAGAUCAGCCUUCUACUCCUGUGCUGCAGGCAUGAUACUGGGAGCUGUGUUUCUGUCCUUAGUAAGACCCUGCAAGACAGUCCUGUGUCAAGGUCAGAAGCAGAAGGUAGAAGGAAAUGCAUCGGAAGCUUUACAAGACAUACCAGAUGACUUUAUUGAAAUGGAUCUUGGAAAAACAGAUGAUUCAGUAUAAAGCUGUGACAGCAUAGCAUAAAAUAGUUGGUCCUUAUAAAUCAGUACACUCUGUGUUAAAUCUGGGGAAAAACAAGUCCGCUCUGCUCCAUGUUCUAAAACUAUACUUCAAAGGGAAUGCAAAAUCUUAAUGUGGAAAAAGUUGCCAUCAACAAUUAUUCUUCUGGAAAGAUUGCUUUUAUUUUUUUUAAACCAGCAAUGGUAGGUUUCACAUGAGAUGUCCACGCAUUGUGACUACGUAAGAAUACUCCUGUCCCACAUGAAGAAACAUGGUUCACAUUUCUGCUUUCCCAAUACAUGACAUGCAUACCUAAAGUUCUACUGCUCUUAAGUGGAAAACAUAAAGUUGUAUGUAUGAAAAUCAGAAGUGGCACAUACAACUAAAUCUAUUGGGUAACAAUCUUUGUGAUUGCCUGGCAGGCUUCCCAAACUGUAAAUCUUAUUCAGUCAACAGAAUAAAUAAUGCAGAAGAAAUUAUUUAAUAAACAUAAGUAAUUUGAACUCUUGAGUUUUCUAUCAGAAGAACAUGGACUCUUGUUUCAGAUCAUUAUAAGAAGACAUAAGGGCAAUAGGGUAGGCUAAUUAGUUAAAGUAGAAUUACUGGUAAAUUUGGUUUUUAGUUAACUUUGAAUUUUGUAAAUGCUGGGAAGUUAGAGGUUACCACUUAUUUUUAUGGCCAGUUAUUAGUGCAGAUAGGUCACUAUAAAGUUAUUUCUUUACAAACUAGCAUCCUAAGAAUUGUUUCCUGUUGAUAGCAAGAUGUAUUGUCUUUAAUUUAAACCAGUAUUUAUUAUUUUUUAAGUUAUUCUAGGAUUGUUAAAGGCUAUCAGAUAAAUAAUUUGAAUUGGAGAGAGAAAAUAUCUGAUUUAGCAGAAAACCUUUUUACCUCUUUGCACCAAUCCUUUCAAUGCCGAUCUUGUAAACUCCGUUUUUAUUUUGUUUUUAAAAUCACAGGUUGUUGUGAAUGCUGCCUGAUUUUUACUAUGGUGGUCUUAGACAACUAUGCUCUUAAAAUUAUUCUGUGGUAGAUUGAACGUGAGAGACUAUCCAUCUUUUAAUAGACUGUAGGUCAUAUCCUCAGCUGGUGUAAACUGAUAUAGCUCCACUGAAUAGCGCUAGCUGGGAAUUUGGUCCUGUAUGAUUAGCACCCAAACAUAUCUGCAAUUUUCACUUACCACAGCUGCAUAUAAAGGAAUCUUUGCAGCACUACUGAAUUAACAUGAAUAAAGUCAGUACAGCUAAUAUGAAAUAGUAAAGGCACUUGGCCAUUACCAGAUACAGUUUACAUUAUUAGAAUACAAUCAGUGUGUUCGUAAGCUUCUGUAGGCAUCAAAUAACUGGUCUUCUACAAUGGAAAGAAAAUCAUCACUGUACCUUGUUCCUAUUGAAGUCAGUUUUUUGCCACUCACUUCAGUGACAGCAGGACUGGGUCCUUACUGUGUUUCCUGUUUUAUUACCUAUAAAGAAGGGAAUUGUGAAAGACAACAAAUUGGCUUUUCACUCACUCCUAUUUUGAUAAAUUCCUUUAUGCAUUUUUAUGCCACUCAGCAACUCAGGGGGACAAGUAAAAAGUUUGUUUGGUUCUAAGUACGCAUACAGCUUGACGCGUUUCUCUGUAGUUAAGUGGAAGUGGCACUGUAUAUUAACUGCUAUGCUAUGUAUUUUAUCAGCCAUAGAAAUGUGGGACAAUCUCUGUAUAGAACUCCUCUCUUCAGGAAGGUGUUUUUGUUCAAACUGUCUUAAAUGUCCAAAAAGAAACACAUUCCUGCAACAAAGUGGCUGUAGCAAUCUAUUGUUACUGCCUGAGAAUUAGUGAGCCUGGGCUGCAGUUUUGUUUCUUUUUUUUAAAAUAUAUUCGCCUUCAGCACUUUAUCAUGUACAGCAGAACCUCGCUAAAUUGCAUGAAUAAUUGGAAGAUCCAUUGUAGAUGACUAGAUUUUGUGAAUUAGCGAGUAAGCGAACAAACACAAUACUGCAUCACAAAACUUUUUUUGUAAAUGUUUAUUUUUAAUUUAUGCUAAUGCUUCUGGCAUGCUGGUAAAUGUACUGUAGAAUAUAAUUGUAAAAUUAAUGAAGUCUUAGUAAUACGAGACCUCACUACAGCACUUUGCUACUAUAAACUUGUUUAGAAGUAGGAGAGGCCACCGGGGGGGGGGGGUAUUUUUGUGUGUGUGUGUGUGUGAGUGAGAGAGAGAGAGAAAACUACCUGUUCUGCAGAUUAACGAGGUUCUACUGUCACUUUUUUACAAGGAUUUCCAAUACAGAUUCAAUAAUAAUGUCUAUAAAUGGCUGCACAAUAAGUCUCUGUUUAUGUCCAUAGCAAGAGCAGGCACGUGCAUAUGUGCACAAAAGACCCAGAAGAAGCAGGCUUAACGUGUUCCAACCAGGAUUUGCUGGUUUGUUCUGUAAUGUAUUUAGUGAAGUCUGGAAGUGACAUAAAAUACUGAGUUUUACAAUAAAGUUUUUU